CCCUCCCAAAACGUGCUCCACGGAAGUCUGAGGACGGAUUGCCCCUAAGAAAGGGGCAAAGAAAAAUGACUUGGGGCGCCCGGUCACCAUCUGCCAGAUCACCUCGCCCACGACGGAGGGGAUGGCGACCAACAGUCUGCACAACGGCACCCGCAGCGCCGUUGCGAGUGUCUACGACCCGGCGCCUUCGAGAUCCUCCGCGGGAAUCCAGGACUCGAACAAGAAGGCGGAUUCCGCGUCCGGAAGCUUCUUGGGCAGCACCAGCCAAGGAGGGGCGGGCCAGCUCUGCCAUCGGGACGUAGGCGCCGAAGGCAGCUCGCUGUCUCCCAAGACCCUCCAAAGUCAGAACGAGAGAGAAUUCUGCUUGGUGAGUGCCAAGGGUGAGGGUCGCAAGAGUCCGGCCGCGACGCUGAGGGUCCACUUUGAGAGUCCGGUUUCCGGUAGGAGCAAGAGGUCGUCCUCGAGUGAAGAGAUCGCUCCACCAGAAAUUAAUGAAACAGUUUUGUAAAGAGAUAAUUAUACUAUAUGUUAUUAGAUAUGUAAAAAGAGUCUCCCAGUUGAUUUUUUUUUUCUUUUUUUUUCAAGGUGUUGUGUAUUCAGAAGGGAGAAUAUAGACAUUUUUAAAGAUACUUAUACAUUCUUUAAGAGGAUUUUGUCAUAACAGACACUACGAGUGAUAUUUUUUGCCAGACGCAGAAAAUAUCUCCAAGUGACGAUGGACAUGAAGGAAUUGAGUGUCCUCUGAUAAAAAAAAUGGGAAAAAAUACAAUAUAAGUGUACUAUGUAUUCUAGCAGCUGUGUUUCGAGCAGAACUGUGCUAGAUUCUAUAGAUUCCCGGCUAUAUGUCACCCUUCCUGAGCUGAACCCGCUUGGCGACAGCUGGGAUGACGUAGUGACGCUUUCAAACUCCAGUCUGCCAUUAACAUUAGUCACUUUAUCUUAUCAGCACAGGGAGGCUGGUCACAUCUGAUUCAGUCUUUACAUUUAGCUUUUUUUUUUCUUUACUUUUCUUUAUUUUUAUUGAAUUAUUGAUUAUCCAAAUGAGUCUAACCCCAAAGUGAUGAAGGGAACACUAAUGUCGAUGUGUCGACAUGUCACAUACGAACAUGUAAUUUGUGAAGGCGUGUUGCCAAGGCCGCGAUGAUCGUACUUCUCUCACUUCAUUAGUUUAGAAGAUUAACAAACAGAUGAAAUGAAGGAAUAUGCUGUGCAACUUGGCAUAAAUAAGCAAAUCAUUAACUCGAGCCGAAGAGUUCGCUUACAGGAGUCGAUUAUCUCAACAAUUAAUGAUAAAUAAUGGGUAUCGUGUAUAGAAAUCACAAAUUAACACGCGUCAGUUAAGUGUCAUUCCUUCUCGCACUUUGUAGAAGGACUCGCAACAUGAGGUGAACUUCAUCUUUCUCUUUUCAGCUUCCGAAGAAAAUGUAGGCUAAUGAUACCUAUUUGCUCUCAUAUAAACAUUCUACACAAAAACAAAAUACACUUCAAAAU